AUGGCCUGCUGUCAAACUAGCUUCUGUGGAUUUCCCAGCUGCUCCUGUGAGACCUGUGGACCCAGCUGCUGCCAGACCAGCUGCUGCCAGCCAACCUGCUGCCAGACCAGCUGCUGCCAGCCAACCUGCUGCCAGACCAGCUGCUGCCAGCCAACCUGCUGCCAGACCAGCUGCUGUCAGCCAACCUGCUGCCAGACCAGCUGCUGUGGCACUGGCUGUGGCACUGGCUGUGGCACUGGCUGUGGAGCUGUGAGCUGCCGCACCAGGUGGUGCCGCCCUGACUGCCGCGUGGAGGACACCUGCCUGCCCCCCUGCUGCGUGGUGAGCUGCACCCCCCCAACCUGCUGCCAGCUGCACCAUGCCCAGGCCGCCUGCUGCCGCCCGUCCUACUGUGGACAGUCCUGCUGCCGCCCAGCCUGCUGCUGCUACUGCUGUGAGCCCACCUGCUAA